GUGACAACUGUCACAUUCGAACGUUGAAUUUGAUAAACAAAUGAAGAACCGGCUUAAAAAUAAUCAAGUUUAAUCGGUUUAAUCUAAUUUCUGUUCCUUAAAUAUUGUUAAUUGUUACAUUAAGCCCUCGUCAUGAUUCACGACAUUCUGUUUACGUUGUUUUCCUCGAAUUCGGACCUCCCGAUCGAGAACUUCACGAUUCCGGAGGUCGCGUCCACCUUCCUGCACCCGGGAGAGAUCCAAAUCCUGGAGGAUCUCAUCCGUAUCGCGAAUCAUUACAAAGAACUGAAAAAGUUCGUCCAACACUACGGCACGCAAUCGGCGGGGUUGAUCAAGCCGAAGCAGCAGAAACCGUCGGAGGAACCGCUCCCGCAAGGGCUGUAUCUGCAGGCUCUCGCCGAUGGGCUGGAUCUGGCGGUGAAGCCGUACCGCGAUUUGAUCGUCCAGCUGGAGGCAAACUACCUGAAGCGGCCGAACUUGUCGCUGAUCUUCAUCUAUCACCAGGUUUCUCAGUAUCAGUCGCUGUUUGGGUUUUUGCUGCGACUGGUCAGCGGAGUCGUUACGCAGCGGAUUCAUGGGUGUGCCCUGCUGCAGUACCUGCAGCAGCAUUGUCUACAUGGGGACGAGCGGAACUAUCAGGCGGUUAAGUUAAUUCAAAACUCCGUCUACGCGAUCUUCAUCAAGCAGCUGUUCGGGUGGCUGCUGCACGGCAAGUUUGUCGACCAGUUUGGCGAGUUUUUCAUCCAGCACGUGGACAACACACGGAGCAGCCCCUCCGCCGCGGGAACUCCGUCCGUGUCGGUGAACUCGUUCUCGGACAACGCCAGCAUUAACACGGAGCUGUGGCGGUACGAGAUUCGGCGGGAGAUUUUACCGUACUACUUUCCGGCCAGCUGGGCCGAGAAGGUGUUGUUUAUCGGGCAGACGGUGCUGAUGCUGAACUGCGACCCGCGGGAUAGUGCGGAGAAGCGGAUGAUUGGUGGGGAGAGGAAGGUCGCUGGCGAGAAGCGGUUUGCGACGGUUAAGGAGAGCUUGUGGGGCGAGCAGGAGUACGAGUUCUUCAAGAAAUUCCAUCAGCUUCAGAUGGAUGAGAAUUUGAACAUUGCCAAGUUUGAGCACAUCGUGGACGAGAUUAAGGUCCGGGUUACGGAGCAGAUGUCCGAGAUCGCCAUUAAGGAGGCGGAUUUGGUGAAGCAGUUGAAGCUGAUCAAGGAUUACUAUCUGUUGGGACGGGGAGAACUCUACUCUGAACUGCUCAAGCAGACAAAGUCGAUGCGAACGCUGUUCUCCAAAGGCAUUACCGAUGCUUCGUCGCGUGACCUGAACCGGGCCUUCCAGCUGGCCGCAAACAGCGUCAACAUCACGGAAGAUAUCGAGCAGUUCUCGUUCGCGCUUCCCCCGAAGGACGAAGUGGAAAGCGCCUGUUACGAAACCAAGAGCAUUCUCAGCUACAUCACGCUCAAGUACAAGGUAAAGUGGCCACUCCACCUGCUUUUUUCGCCCAAAACCCUCGACAAGUACAACGAGAUGUUCCGGUUUCUGCUGCGCAUCCGGAAGAUCCAGUACGACAUCCACCAGGUUUGGACCUUCCAGCGAGAGAGUAAAAUCAAGAAAAACUCCGAACUGCUCCAGUUCCGCAACAAGCUGAUGUUCCUGAUCGACAACCUGCAGUACUACCUGCAGGCGGACGUCCUGGAGAGCCAGUUCAGCAUCCUGAUGGCCGCGAUCGGCGAAACGAAGGACUUUGAACGGAUCCAACGGGCGCACACGGUCUUCCAAGCGAACGUGCUCAGCUUGUGCUUCCUGAUGUCGAACAACAGCGCAAGCGACAUGACCAACACGACCGGAGUCAUCCACGUCAACGAGAACCCGGUGCUAACAAUCCUCGAUAAGGUGCUGGUCCUGGUGGACAAGUUUUGCUCGUUCUGCACCAGUUGCAAAGAUCCGAUGACGAAGAUCGAGCGGCAAGAGUUUAACGGAUACGAUCAAGCCUUCAAGAACCACGUGGACUCCCUGCUGAAGCUGUUGAUCGGCCUCAAGGCCGGCCCAAGCAGUGCCCCACUCUCCCAGUUGCUCCUACGGCUGGACUUUAACCACUGGUUUAGUAACAACUCGCAAACUGCUUCGUCUUAAAACACUCGCUCUUUAUUGAUCAACCUCCAUCGACUGCAGGUGGGCCUUCAUAAGGAUGCACUUGGUCAUUACGCACUCGCAAGGUAAGCUGUGCUCUUCCUUUUCCGCGUCCAGCAGCGUCAGCUGCAGGUUGUAUCUGCAAAAUAAACAUUGUUACAAACUUAA